AUGGACCCUGUAUCCGCGGUCGCCGGCUUCGCUGCCACCGCCCAUCUAUGUUUUACAUUUAUCGAAGCCUUCAGGGAUCUUCCAAAUGAGGUCAGCUGUCUCGAAACCGAGAUUUCUGAGCUUGAGAGAGCUAUCCAUCUUGUCCAGGCAUCAUUGUUCAAUGCAUCAAUGUUACCAUCAUCUCGAGAGGAUGUGACUAGACGACCGCUCAUGAAGGAUCUUAGCAGAGUCGACCGCUUUCUUCAGCAUAAUUUACCAAAAGCUGGUGAGCAUAUCGGAGGCGAUCACUGGCAAUGGAUAAGGAAGAAAGGCAACAUUGAGAGGCUGAGAAGACAACUGACAUCGAUCAAAUACGACAUCGCAACUGUAGACCUCCCCGAGAGCCGGUUCUCUUUUGCGAGCGAGUUCACCGGGAGGCACAAUCAGCCAACAAUCUCCAUUCCGCCAGGAUGUGGACCCUCGCUCGGUCUCUCCGGGUCCCCAGACGCAUCAGAUCCUUACCCUCAAGGCGAUUCAAGACGCUUUCUUGAUAUCUACUGGCAGGCGGAAUCCCGGGCUCGAUUGGAAGCCAAGAUGGCCACCGCGAAUCUGCUAAUCGAUAUUAGGUCUUACCUUGCUAGUUUGAGCAAGUUGAAGAAGUGGUUUUGA